AUGGGUUUUGGAAAGCACGGCUCUGGGAAUAAGGAUUAUGAUGAGUAUGUUCAUGUGUUCCAGGGGAUAAUCACGGGCAACGCCGUGAGAAGAUUGCGUGGCAAAGAUGGAGUGGAGGAGGAUGAUGAUGAAGAUGAAGAUGAAGACGAGGACAACGAUAUGGACAUGGACAUGGACAUGGAGGAGGUUAAAUAG